AUGUUUCCAACGGCAUGGCGGGGKCUUUUAGUCGCCCUGUUCGUGGUGUUGAAGACUGCCCAAGCUGCUACGACUACUGAUGUGGAUACUUGUGCCUGUGGUUUCUACGACGAGACUGCAGACUUGUAUUUCACAGAUUCGACAAUCGUCUACUUCAACGAGUCCGGUUCAAUCCCUUCCGACUUCGUCGUUGAAGAGUUUGAACAUCGCUAUGACCGUGGUUGGAAUAACAUGUACCGCAUGGGUGCGGCGGUGGACAAUGUCCAAAUCACAAAAGAUGCCACAGCUAAAAAUCUCACCAGCUUGGAGCUCUCUUGUCAUCCGCCCGAUCAAGAGCAUUUAGUUGUUGGUUCAAGUGUACGCACUGCUCGCCAAGACAUUUUCUUUGGUUCUUUCCGCUCGACUCUUCGACCUGCACGCAAUUACAGUCUAGGUUCAGUGAUCUCUAUGAAUCUAGUUCAUAACCAAACCGAAAGCUGGCAGCUGGAUGUCAUGAACGCCGACAAUAGCAGUCAAGCAUGGGUCGAUAUGUUGAUGCAAGGACAGUUCGCCAACACUUGGCUUGGCACCAAUUUUACCAAUCUGACUGGUGAAGGUCUCAAGCCAUGGUAUUAUAUGGAGUACCGUGUUGAUUGGACUCGCGACUCACUCAAUUACUACAUUGGCGAUGUUUUAAGAAUUAGUUACAAUACUUCUGUCAAUUCCAGUAUCCCAUCGACACCGGCACCAUUGAAGUUCCAGCAUUGGUCUACGGGAAACAAGUACACUUCCCAGGGUCCGCCCACUUUUACGAAUUUGGCAAACGUUGGAUAUACGAGGCUGUUCUUCAACUCGUCUACUUGGAACGAUACAACCCGCGCUGCUUAUGACCAGAGAUGCUCUAUCCAGAAAGCAUGUGACAUGAACGAUGUAUCUUUGCGAGGCUCCUCAAAUUUUGAUCCUCAGAGCUUGGAUCCAUGGAAGCAGCAUCAGCCUCCGUAUAAAAUCAGAUGGGUACCACUCAUCAUUGACAUUAUUUUCGCAGCCGUUUUUGUUGUUCUUACUGGAAAAACACUCUGGCGACGAUUUACUUGGCAUAAAUUGAUGGUUUUCCUGGGCGUCCAUGAACGAGAUUCUCCCAAACCCAGGUCUUUUGAUACACCGCCAUGCUCAACGCCAUCCCUGGACCGCGAUUCGCAUAGCAAUCGUGACUCUGCCGAUGCCGGAAGUAGUUCGCCAACAUCUCACAACAAUGCUCAGCGUGAUCUCUCUCGGAAUGAGUCCUUCACCACUCUGCCUCCAUACAAAGGCGCUCAGACGCCUCUUCCUCAAUAUCAAAGUCCUGCUGUCUCUCGUCGACCUUCAUUGACCAAUAUGGCCGGAAACUCAUUUGCUUUUCCUACUAGCCUGAAUGGUACUGUUCAAGGCGAAUCGUCUCGAGUUACGUCUCGCGCUGCUUCUCGGACCCCUUCCCUACACGCUGUGCCCAUAGUAGACUAUGUAUCCACACCGAGUCAAGAGGUAUACUCGAGCGGCGUUAUGCAGGUCGAAAGUAGUUCCGAGAAAAAUAAAGAAGCCGUCAAGCCCGAUGAACUUCCCCCCGCGAAAGAUGGACAGACAAAGCCUGGAGAAGCCAGCAAAGAUGGCAAAGCCGCGGCUAGCGCUGCUGCUUCGGCAAAGCCACCCCGUGUCGACUACCUGGCUGGGUUUAUCUCUAUUAGUGCCCUCCUCGUUACAGUUAAUCACUUUGGUCUGACCUACUUCGGCGCUGUUAUCAUGCCGGGAAACUCUCCUCAUUACCACAGUGAAGUGAUUGCCAGAAAGACCUUUGCCACGUACUUCCUUGACCCUCUGUGGAUUGGACCUUUCUUGAUGAUUUCCACUCGUUUCUUGACAUCGAACUACAUCCGUACCGGAAAGCUCGACAACAUGGCCCAAAAGAUUGUUGCGCGCCCUUUCCGUCUAUUGACGCCCGUUGCUUCAAUUGCGUUUUUGGAGUAUUUCCUCAUGGAUGCUGGUGCACUGAACUGGCUUGAAUACCUGCCAUCGGUGACUUGGUCUGACUGGCCUUUUACUGCUAUCCCAUUGAAUCCAGGAACAUUCAUCUCAGAGAUCCUUCAGCUUGCCUUCUUGAUCCCCAAUGCGGCGCCGAUGAUUACAAGCAACUACUGUACCGGUGUGCUCUGGACUAUUCCUGUGCAGUUGCAGGGUGCAUGGCAGACUCUACUUGGUUUAAUCAUGAUCCGACAAAUCAAGACACCCUGGAAGAGAUUUUGCUUUUACCUGUUCUGCACAGUCAUGCACUGGUACGCUCUUUCGUGGGGAAGCUAUUACUACGUCGGCAUUCUGCUCGCGGAUCUUGACCUCACCUACAAAUACAAGCAGAAAUGGCUCUGGCCCCGUCCCUGGAUAUACUGGCCUGUUCUUAUUUUACUGAUCUGCACAGCCAUUGGUGGUUUCAGUAUCGACUUGGUUACACAACACACUGGGGUCAAUUACGCGCAGGUUGAAUACGGAUGGCACCCAGAUACAAGAACGGGGAGAACUUUGGCCCAAGCUGAAUCGGACUCGUAUCCGGACUACUUUAUCCCUCGUCUGAAUGCGUUGUUGACCACCAUUACCAUGCAGGGCGUCGUUGAAAUUUCGCCAACAUUGCAAAAGGUCCUUUCCAUCAAGAUGCUGCAGUGGCUAUUCCCUCACAUUUUCAGUAUUUAUCUGAUUCACGGUUUCGUUAUGUGGUCUGUCGGAUCCUGGGCUAUGAUUUCCAUGUUCUCGCAGGGAUAUCCCUACUGGCUAUGUACAUUGAUUACUGCAAUUGUGUGUUACGGUACCCUCUUUGCGGUGCUACCACUUCUUACGCCUCCGAUUGAAGCACUCGGUAAAGGCUUCACGCAGAGACUCUGGCAAUUCGCUAGCAUGGCGCCGGUUGAGCGGAAGCCGACUACCUAUCCAUUUGGAGAAGAAUUCUUGACCACGCGUGAUCAGCUUAAGGAUUCUUCUAAGCCCGGAAGUCUGAAUGGUGUUUCUCCUUCGUCUGCUUCUUCGUCUUCAGGGCGCGUUACUGUUGUGAAUGAGAAGGAUGUGAGCGGUAAGGGGAAGGAGGCUGAAUUGACCGUGAGGGAGCUAAAGAAUGGGCGAAUUACGAAUCAUAACAAUGAGUUUUGA